GACGCAAGCCACUGCAUAAAAAGGCGCAACUCGGUGUAUUUCGAACUUGGGGUACCAGUGCCUCAUUACCUUAGAAACUUACAACAAUACGACAUUCUUUAAUCCUCAAACUUCCUUUCUAACUAUAUCAACAAGCACAAUAAAAUGGAAGCCAAACAAACAGCAUCGAAGGGAUCAUUUACAGAGCUCGCAUUAGAAAUCUUAGAUCUUGCUUUGAAGUUAGAUAGCCAACUUGCAUCUCAGGGUCGAAAACAGACUACCUUUGAGUUUGAUACUCUCCGGGGUCUUCCUGUGGAAAUUAAUGCUACGAGGGAGGAGUUCAUCAACAAAACGCAGACCGCAAAGCGGCUUGCUCUAGGCGCGGGUGGCAUUCUUCGAGAAUUAGUAUUCCAGUUCACCGAUGAGAUGACCCUGCGCGCUAUCUACGAUUUCCGUCUUGCUCAGCAUGUACCCCUUAAUGAGCCAGCAACAUUUGAAGAGAUAGCGCAAGCAAGCGAACUAGACUCACCUAUAGUAGAACGUAUCUUACGACAUGCAAUGACCAAUCAUAUAUUCAGCGAAGCACCUGGUGAGCCCUCAGGACGUGUCGUACAUACUGCAGCUUCCCGUCUAUUGGCAACAAACCCAGAUGCUCUAGCUGCAGUCGGUAUGCUAGUAAAGGACUUCGCGCCUAUUUCUGUCCACGUGAACGAAGCUAUUAUCCACUGGCGCGACCUGCCAGCUAGCGAGCGCGAUGAACCAACACAGGCCGCCACGGCACUACUGCAUGGCCCCGGACAAACAUAUUUCGGGUUGCUAAAAAAGGACGAAGCGCGUGCGGCACGUUUCGCGGGGGGGAUGCAAUAUUUCGCCGAGGGCACAGAGGAGGACGUUAAACUCCUGUUAGCUGGCUACCCGUGGAAUAUUCUUGAUAGACAAGGGGCUAUACUGGUAGAUAUCGGCGGAGGAACAGGUGGUCCCGCGCGUGUCCUCGCCGCCGGUACCCAUCAUCUUCAAGUGGUUGUCCAAGACCUUCCUGGACCGACGACUAAGGGUGCUCAGACGUUGCUACCUACACUUGCGUCUCGUGUUGUUUUCGAGGCGCACGACUUUUUCGAGCCCCAGCCUCGCCGGGAUGUAGAUGCUUUCUAUCUUCGCUGGAUUUUACAUAAUUGGAGUGACAAGAAUGCACUGCGAAUUUUGAAGGCACUGGUACCGGGGAUGAAGCACGGAACAAGAGUGAUAAUUAACGAGUAUGUCCUCAAAGGUGGUCCAGAAACCAGGUUCACCAGAAAACAUCAUCGGAACUUGGACCUCCUAAUGCUUGCUGUAUGGAAUGCCAAGGAACGAACGGAGGCCAAGUGGAAAGAGAUCAUUGAAGCUGUGGACUCUCGGCUUCGAUUCAAAGGCACCCGGAAGAUUGAAGGAAGUGUACUAUGCAUUAUUGAAGCAGUAUGGGAGGAGCCUUCCACGAAGUUUGUGGACAAAUAAGGUCAAGGCCUCGCCCAUUUUGGUGAGGCGUAAAGUGAAUUAUGAUUUUUAAUUAGCUUAGUAGAUGUGAUUUGAUGAAUUUCUACGUGACACUUUACCAUAUAUUGCAGAUAAUUGGCAGUGCUAUCAGCUAGACCUACAAGAUACACACAGCUAUAC